GGGGAGUAUAUGGAAGAACACAGGGGUCUGUACAAGGACGUGAUGAUGGAGAAUCACCGGCCCCUCACAUCACUGGAUGGACCCAGUAACAGAGAUACCCCAGAGAGAUGUCCCCGUCCUCUGUGUUCCCAGGAUUGUACAGAGGAGAAUCACAGGAUCCCACAGGAGGAUCAGGUAGAACGUCUGUCUGAUAUUAAAAUAGAAGAUAUAGAGGGAGAAGAAGAGACGUAUGUGACUGAUAUAAAGGCAGAAGAUAUAGAGGGAGAAGAAGAGACGUAUGUGACUGAUAUAAAGACAGAAGAUAUAGAGGGAGAAGAGACGUAUGUGACUGAUAUAAAGGCAGAAGAUAUAGAGGGAGAAGAGACGUAUGUGACUGAUAUAAAGGCAGAAGCUAUAGAGGGAGAAGAAGAGACGUAUGUGACUGAUAUAAAGGCAGAAGAUAUAGAGGGAGAAGAAGAGACGUAUGUGACUGAUAUGAAGGCAGAAGAUAUAGAGGGAGAAGAAGAGACGUAUGUGACUGAUAUAAAGGCAGAAGAUAUAGAGGGAGAAGAAGAGACGUAUGUGACUGAUAUGAAGGCAGAAGAUAUAGAGGGAGAAGAAGAGACGUAUGUGAGGGGUGAUCAGCAGUGUAAGGAGGAGGAAAUCCCUACAGAUAUCAGCACAGCAGAUGGACACACAAGCAGGAAUAUCUCCGAAGGACAUCUAAUGUUAUCCCCGGAUUGUGACAUAAAAGAUAAUGACAGUAGACAGGAUUCUCCAGGAGAUAACCCCAUUACCCCAAUUGUACAUCCAGCUCUAUCAGCUGAUCCCUAUGAUCCUGGGAAAUGUUCUCAUGAUCACUCUGAUAUUGGUGCAUCUGUUACAGCUCUGACAGUAGAUACAGUGUUUCCCUGUUCUAUAGAUGCCAAAUGUUUUACACAAAACACAAAGCCUAUUACCCAUCAGACAGGUAAGGCAGAUGAGAGGCCAUUUCCAUGUUCUAAGUGUGGGAAAUGUUUUGCACAGAAAUCAUCUCUUGUUAUACAUGAGAGAAGUCACACAGGUAAGAAGCCAUUUUCAUGUUCUGAGUGUGGGAAAUGUUUUACAUCCAAAUCAUAUUUUGUUAUACAUCAGAAAACUCACAUAGGUGAGAGUCCAUUUACAUGUUCUGAGUGUGGGAAAUGUUUUACACGUAAAUCACAUCUUGUUCAACAUGAGAGAAGUCACACCGGUGAGAAGCCAUUUUCAUGUUCUGAGUGUGGGAAAUGUUUUACACGGAAAUCACAUCUUGUUCAACAUGAGAGAAGUCACACCGGAGAGAAGCCAUUUUCAUGUUCUGAAUGUGGAAAACGUUUUUCACACAAGUCUUGUCUUGUUAUACAUGAGAGAAAUCACACCGGAGAGGGGCCAAUUUCAUGUUCUGAGUGUGGGAAAUGUUUUGCACAGAAAUCAACUCUUGUUAGACAUGAGAGAAGUCACACCGGAGAGAAGCCAUUUACAUGUUCUGAGUGUGGGAAAUGUUUUUCACUAAAAUCAAAUCUUGUUCAACAUGAAAGAAGUCACACUGGAGAGAAGCCAUUUUCUUGUUCUGAGUGUGGAAAAGGUUUUUCACACAAGUCAUAUCUUGUUAUACAUGAGAGAAGUCACACCGGAGAGAAGCCAUUUUCAUGUUCUGAGUGUGGAAAAGGUUUUUCACACAAGUCAUAUCUUGUUAUACAUGAGAGAAGUCACACAGGUGAGAAGCCAUUUGCAUGUUCUGAGUGUGGAAAAGGUUUUUCACACAAGUCCUAUCUUGUUAGACAUGAAAGAAGUCACACAAGUGAGAAGCCAUUUUCAUGUUCUGAGUGUGGCAAAUGUUUUAUACGGAAAUCACAUCUUGUUAGACAUGAGAGAAGUCACACAGGUGAGAAGCCAUUUUCAUGUACUGAGUGUGGGAAAGGGUUUAUACAAAAAUCACAUCUUGUUCGACAUGAGAGAAGUCACACUGGAGAGAAGCCAUUUUCAUGUUCUGAGUGUGGGAAAGGUUUUAUACGGAAAUCACAUCUUGUUCAACAUGAGAGAACUCACAGAGGUGUGAAGCAAUUUGCAUGCUGAGUGAUUAAUAAAUCAGCUCUUGUUGGACACAGUAGACAUCACACAAGUGGUGAACCAUUUUAAUCUUCUGGAUAUACUCAUCUUCACCAUUUCCCUGCAAUGUUCCUUCAGGUUUUAUCUUAUGUCCUGUGUUUUUUUUACAAUAUACAUGCUGCUACUGGGUGAAAUAAUAAGACGUCAUGUCCUCCUUUACCUCUGUUAUGCAGAUAACCUGUCUUUGUUCCGGGUACUGAAAACAAUACCAAUACUAAAUGUCUAGCUGAGCUCCAGAUGUGGGUGAUGCUAGUUGGCCAUGACUCAGUCCUAGUGAAACAGGUCCAUAUGCUAAUGCACGCCGACUCGCCUGUCUUCUGAUUACUUCCACUCCUAUCCAAGAUUUUUCACGUGCUGCUCCCUUACUCUGGAAUUCCCUACCUCUCCCCCUCAGACUCUCCACCUUUCUACAAAACUUCAAACGGGCUCUUAAGACCCAUUUCUUUACCAAACCCAGCCAACUCUCAUCCUAACCCUCUGUUCCACGCUCUCUAUGUACCCCAUCUGUGUCACCCCUGUCUGUCUACCCCUCCCCUUAGAAUGUAAGCUCUCACAAGCAGGGCCCUCUUCCCUCAUGUGCUUAUCCUUUUCUUACUUUAAUAAUCCUCAACUGCCCAAAUCCUGCAGUUUUUUGGCCAUCCUGGAACUUAUCUCUAUGUCAUUUACUGGUGUAGUUAUGCUUAGUUACCCUGUACUUGUCCUAUAUUGUCUUCAACUGUAAGUCACUGUUUUCCUGUUUUGAUUAUGUGCACAUGUACUCUGUAAUUGGGUGCUGCGGAACCCUUGUGGUGCCAUAUAAAUAAAGGAUAAUAAUAAUAAUGUAGAAGCUCAGCAACAAAUGGUAAGACUGCUGCUUUGCCGACCAGACCUACACUUAGGGGUUCAGAGUUUGUAUGGAACCUUUGUGUCCUGGAUGGUGGAGUGACACUUAGACAUCCGGUAUCAGCCAAAGAUCCUCAUCUGAGGACCAUAGCCAGACUCCAGUACUUAAGUCCCUCAGAAGAUCUACCUACAGUCAUACAUGCACUUGUAUCAUCACACAUAGACUACUGCAAUGUCCUCUACCUGGGUCUCCCAGCAAUAGAAUUGCACCGCUUGUAGCUU